AUGCUUCGCCUGGGCGGAGCAGCCGUUUGGGUUCGGGCGCGGUCGGCGCUCGAGGGCCGGCAGACCCCUGGCCGCGGCCCCAGAAGGCCCAUGUCCGCGGGCGGGAAGAAAGAGGUCCUGCUCCAAGUUCACGGGGAGGCGACCUGCGGCAUUGCAGAAAUUCAGAUGAACAGACCACAUGCCAAAAAUUCACUGGGUAAAGUGUUUGUGGAUGAAUUUUAUGAAACCCUUGACAUUCUCCGUUGUGAUGAAAAUGUUCGUGUAGUGGUAAUCAAGAGCAAUGUAAAAGGUGUUUUUUGUGCAGGUGCUGACCUCAAAGAGCGUGCUCAGAUGAGUGAUUCUCAAGCUGUUCAUUUUGUUCAGAGGCUCAGAAGCUUAAUGGAUAACAUUGCCUCCCUGCCAAUGCCAACCAUUGCCGCAAUGGAAGGCUAUGCAUUGGGUGGAGGCUUGGAACUGGCACUGGCUUGUGAUCUCCGAGUGGCAGCAUCAGCUGCAAAAAUGGGUCUCAUUGAGACAACCAGAGGACUCUUCCCAGGUGCAGGUGGAACCCAACGUCUACCACGAUGCAUUGGAAUAGGCCGUGCUAAAGAACUCAUUUUCACUGGCAGGCAGAUCGAUGGACAAGAAGCAUGUUCAAUUGGGCUAGUUAAUCAUGCAGUGCAACAAAAUGAGGAGGGUGAUGCAGCUUAUCAAAGAGCAUUGGCUUUAGCUGAAGAGAUCGUUCCCCGGGCUCCAAUAGCAGUGAAAAUGAGUAAAGUGGCUAUAAACAGAGGAAGUGAGGUUGAUAUUGCUUCUGGGAUGGCUAUUGAAGGAAUAUGUUACACCCUGAAUAUCUCUACGAUAGACCGGCGGGAAGGAAUGGCUGCUUUCAUAGAGAAACGACCACCAAAAUUCAUUGGCAAGUGAUUUUUGUCUCCUUCAGAAGCCUGAAAUAACUCCAAAAUGUGACUGG